CAAUAUUCUUUCAAACAUUCGAAGAGUCUUCCGAGCGGCCAAAAUUUGCUGCGGGUUGAGCGGAUUGCAUUGCAACAAGCGAGUCAAGAGAAAGGCGUACAGUUCUCUAUUAGCGGUGCGAAUGUGAAUGUCGCUAGUGGAGGCAAUGGGAGUCAGGGGCCGAUGAUUCAAUUGCUGGGAGGAUAUAGCGCGAAUGAUCCGGGAAUUAAGUUGAACUUAUGUAUCCCUCCUGUCAGUGUUAUAAGUUAUUGCUAA